AUGCUCACAAACUCCACCCCAACCCACGGCUUAACCCCAAAUCAACUCUCACCCUCUCCCUCUCCCUCUCCCUCUCCCUCUCCCUCUCCCUCUCCAUCCAUAUCCGCUUCCGUAUCCGCCUCCGCACCAGCAUCCACGUCUCCAGCAACAGCACCGGGCCCCUUCAAAUUUCCCCCAACCUAUUCCUUCCCGCCAUUCUUCACCCUUCAACCAAACACCACAACCCGCCUCUCACAAUUCCAAAAAUGGUCAGCGCUAAUCCAAGCCUGGUGCCGCCAUCACCGCGUCUACCGUCUCUCUCUCAUUGAUGCCAUUGACUCUCCACUUUUCUACAACGAAAAGCUGCGCAAGCGGCUCAGUCUGGCAGAUGCAAGGACAAUUGUUGAUUGGAUGGUUCGUGGGGAGGGAGACGGGCGUAGGGCAGAGUGGGUCGGCGGAGACUUAGGGGGGAAGGGGGUAGCGUGGAUUUGGUGGAGGACGCCGGAAGAGUGGGCUGGGGUUUUGGCUGAUUGGGUUGAGGACACCGGGCAGAAAAAUACCGUCCUUACGCUAUAUGAGUUGGUGGAGGGCGAAGCCACCAUUUCACAAGAAUUCCACGGCAUGGAUACCGACGUUUUAUUAAAGUCUUUGAAUAUCUUGGUCAAGAGGGGUAAAGCCCAAGUAUUUGGCAGCGAAGAUCAACAAGGCGUUAAGUUCUUCUAA